UCCUACACUUUUUCUGAUGUGUUUCACAGAUGAUCCCAAAUAAGUAUGUGGAGAAAUAUGGAGAAGACUUGUCAACAAGUUUUGUAUUUCUUAAAACACCAAAUGGUGCUGAGUGGAAAUUGAAUUUGGAAAAAUGUUAUGGUAAAAUAUGGUUUCAAAAGGGUUGGAAAAAAUUUGCUGAGUAUCACUCUCUAGCUCAUGGCCAUCUUUUGAUUUUUAGAUGCGAAAGAACUUCCCAUUUUAAGGUACACAUAUUUGAUCCGAGUGCCUUAGAGAUAAAAUAUCCUUCCCAAACAAUAGAACGUGAAACAGUUUCCAAUAGUCGAGGAAAUGAGUCUACAAAUGUUGAGAAUUUGGAGUAUCACAGACCAGGUCCAAAGAGAAAAGACAACUCCUCAUUGGAAUUUCUUCAACAAUAUCAAUUGACAAGUUAUAAUUGUGUUAAAGUUGAGAACAACGAGAUAUUACCUGAGGAGGCUCUUCAUCGUACUGACACAAAGUGCAAAGAAAAAUCAAAGGCUACUGCUAACCAAGUUUCCGCUCUUGAUAGAGCAAAUUCUUUCAAACCUUGUAAUCCUUUCAUCUUGGUUGUCAUGCAGCCAUCAUAUCUUGGUACUCAAUAUCGAUUGCAUUUACCAUAUACGUUUUGUCAGAGACACUUUGAUUUGCACGUGAAUCAGGGACUUAUCAACCUUCAAGUGUUAGAUGGGAGAGUUUGGCCUACAAAGUUCCUGAUAUAUAAACACAAGACAACAACAAAAGUUAGACUAUCAUGGAGGGCAUUUGUAAAGAACAAUGGCUUGAAAGUUGGUGAUGUUUGCACCUUUGAGCUUAUUCAUAGAACUAAACUAACCUUCCUGGUUCACAUCUUUAGAGAGCCAGACAAUUCAAAUUGUUCAACAUCUCAAGACACUCAUGAGGAGAACACAGAGGUCGUAGGAGUGCAUCUUGAAGAUCCUCGUCUCUUAUUAAAUGCUUAUUGAGGUAAAGAAUGUGGGCAGCAUUAACAUGAAGAUGUUGGUGAUGGGAAUUGAAACCUUAUUUAUGUGUUCGGGUUGUGCUCUGAUAGGAUGUGACAUCGGAGAUUUUAGAGUUUAUGUUUUCUGUUUAUUUUAGAAAUAUUGAUAUCAGACUUGUUUCAUUAUUCUUAAAACCUUUGUUUAGUCUUUAUUACUUAUUUUUUCCUUUGGCUUGCCAAGUUAUUUUCUUAAUGUUUAACUUAUGUUACCUUUUAA